GUCGAAGUGGACGGUCCCCCAGGCUCCAGCUACGCGAUGCAGGUGCAGGUCACUCCCAAGCAGGAGGAGUUUGGCAUCAGCAUCCCGUUGGCCUUCAUCGUCCUAAGCGUGCUCUACCUCCUCAUUGGAUUCGAGCUCGUCCACCGGACCCUGGCAGCCCUGAUCGGAGCGACGAUGGCGGUGGCGUUCCUGUCCAUCGUUGGCGAGCGUCCCAGCUUGGAGCGGGUGGUGUCCUGGCUCGACGUGGAAACCCUCUGCCUCCUUUUCGGCAUGAUGGUCCUGGUGGGCAUCCUCUGCGAGACCGGAUUCUUCGACUAUGCGGCAGUCCUGGCGUACCGUUUGGCCCGCGGUCGUGUCUGGCCCAUGAUCAGCAUGCUCUGCCUCUUCGCGGCGGUGAUCUCGGCCUUUCUGGACAACGUCACGACCAUUCUUCUCAUGACGCCGGUCACGAUCAAGCUGUGCGAGGUGAUGAGUCUGGACCCCAAGCAGGUACUCAUCAUCAUGGUGCUCUUCUCCAACAUCGGCGGCGCCGCCACGCCCGUCGGAGACCCGCCCAACGUCAUCAUCAUCUCCAACCACAUGGUCAAGGCGCUGGGCAUCAACUUCACCAGCUUCACGCUGCACAUGCUGCCCGGCAUCCUCCUCUGUGCCGUGGGAGCUUUCGCCUUCCUGCGAUUCUACUUCCGGGAUCCGAGGACGCUCCGGCUGGACGUCACCGAAGCCGUCGAGAUCGAGCACGAGAUCGACGUGUGGCGGAAGGCGGUGCACUCGCUGUCGGAGUACUCCAGGGACGAGAGCCACGUCCGGGACGUCAUGUCCAAGAAGGUCCGCAAGCUGGUUCGGCAGCAGAGCAAGAAGUCGCACCAUGUCAGGUCGACGGACUUCCGCGAGAACCUGCGCACACUGAGCGAGAAGUACAAGAUCCGCAACUGGUCACUGCUCAUCAAGUCCGGCCUGGUGCUGCUCGUGGUCAUCCUGCUCUUCUUCAUGCAGAGCAUUCCCAACGUGCACCUCAGCCUCGGAUGGAUCGCCAUCUUGGGCGCCGUGACGCUCAUGAUCCUGGCCGACCUGUCCGAGCUCGAGGGAGUCAUUGCUCGGGUCGAGUGGACAACGCUCAUCUUCUUCGGCGCCCUCUUCGUCGUCAUGGAGGCCCUGUCCGAGUUGAAGCUGCUGCUGUACGUCGGCCACGUGACCGAAAGCUGGAUCCGCGGCGUGAGCCAGGAGUCCCGGCUGGUCGUGUCCAUUCUCAUCGUCACCUGGGUGUCCUCGGUGGUCUCCUCUUUCGUGGACAACAUCCCCUUCACCACGGUCAUGAUCAAGAUCGUGACUGGACUCGGCGAAAGCGACCUGGGCUUGAGGCUGGUUCCGCUGGUGUACGCGCUAGCCUUCGGUUCCUGCUUGGGCGGCAACGGAACCCUGAUCGGAGCAUCUGCCAACGUUGUCUGCGCCGGGGUGGCCGAGCAGCACGGCUACAAGUUCAGCUUCGUGCAAUUUCUUCGCCAGAUUGGCUUUCCGGUCAUGCUGCUGACAACGGCCAUUUCAACGGGAUGGCUGCUACUCUGCCACGUCGUCAUCCAGUGGGACUCCUGACCGACGAUCCUGCUGCCACGAGCGCACGAAUGAUGGCUGCGUCGGUUUUCGAAUAACCUUUUAAAGCCCCCUUCUAGAGGGCUGUUUACAACGUUAAAUUAAUUUUUGUUUACGGUUUGUUUUUGUUCUGUUUACAAACGUACCGCGCUUCUCUACUUUAGAACGAAACGUUGACAUAAACUUUUAUUGUGUUUGCCCCUGUAUCAUAGUUUUAUACAUUACAAUAAA